AUGUGCGGAGAUUUUAUUUAUACUGGCAUAAAUUUGGUUACUAUGAUGGUAAGGAAGAUAAUUUGUUUAUUUAGUAGGGUUUAAUGCUCUUCUUGGUCAUCGUCGUUGCAUGCCUGCUUGGUUGUUCCGAUUGUUCAAUUAUUGAUUUUUUCCUUCCAGCUUGAUUAUAUGUUGAAAGGAUGACGGAUACAUAUUAUAUAUUUCAGGUAGUCGAAGUAAAAGGAGGUAUUAUAUACUUUAUGACCAUGGGUAUCUUCCAACAUUCUCCCUAUCCCUUAAACAUGAUAAUGGGUUGUUUGUGGUUAAUGGCCAUGUAUGUUACGAUCUUAACAUUGGGUAUGCAGUUCAUUUACCGUUAUUACGCAUUAUGUAAAACUGCUUUGACACCUGCUUGGUUUAUAUUCUACUACUGCAUUGGUUUAUCAGUAUGUUUCUGUGACGGCUUUGUGGGGUUGUUCAUCGCCGACGGUAAUACAGAAUAUUACACGAAUUUGAUAAAAGAACACCCUAUGUAUACAAAUGAUACGCCUGGAUACAUGGUAAUUGAUCCGGUAAGAAAUAAUGGUUUUGGGUCUUGAAAAUUGGUUGUUAGUACUAAAAACAAGUUUAACAAUACUAGUUUUUGUUUAGGCCAACCUCCCAGCCUUGUUACAUACAAUGAUGAGCCAGUGUAUUGUAGUAUCAACUUAUGUUGUCAUCUUCUAUACUGGUGGUAAAAUAAACCAAAAAUUAAAUGAAGCUUCCGGUAGCAUGAGUGCUUCGACCAAAGAUGCUCAAAAGCAACUGAACAGAGUGAUGAUAUUACAAGCAUUUUACCCCGCCGUUAUUGCAGCUCUACCAAUUAUUGUCGCCACCGUUCUAGCACAAUUUAAGUUUGACACGUUAUGGUGUGGCUUCUAUUUGGCUCCAUCAAUAUCGUUGAUUCCUAUUGCCAAUUCAGUGACCAUUUUAUUUGUCAUACCAUCGUUUAGACGCCGUAUUGUUAAUUACGCGGCUUGGAAAAUUAAUAAGGUGGCUACUACUGUAACAUGGAAGCCAUAUUCCACAACACAAUCUAAAUUUUAUUCGAACGAGGAGAAUGAAGAGUCUAAUACACAAAAGUCUAAUUAUGAACACCUUAUUUAA